CUAAAAGUGGGUGUAGAAGGAGGGGGCGGGGGAGGGACUACAAGUCGGGAAUUGUUAAGUUGAGCUGAAAUUUCAGCACUUCAUCGUCUUCGCCCCUUAAAGCUGGAAAUAUACCCUUUUCUCUCUAAAGGAAACUGAUCCUCAUCAACCAUGGGAGUAGAGGGGGGAAUGAAAUGUGUCAAGUUCCUGCUUUUCUUUUUCAACUUCAUUUUCUGGAUAUGCGGUCUGGCACUGAUUGUGGUGGGAGUCCUGGUGCAGAUGGCUCUACACAGCACCUUCAUGAUCAAGGAUGCCUCGGCCUCAGCCAUUCCACUCGUUCUCAUCAUUGUGGGCGUGGUGAUCUUCUUCAUCGCAUUCUUUGGCUGCUGUGGCGCCUGGAAAGAGAAUUACUGCAUGAUCACCAUGUUUUCUAUCCUCCUCUCUCUGAUCAUCAUUGUUGAGAUUGCAGCAGCCAUCGCUGGAUACAUCUACAGGGGCAAGCUCACAGUUAUUGUGCAGGACAGCUUCACCGAUAUGAUCAACCAGUACAACAGCAACAGCACAGAUGAAUUCAGGAAUGCUGUGGAUAAAAUGCAGGAGGAUUUGAAAUGCUGUGGUGUGAACAGCUCCUCUGACUGGAAAAACUUCAGGCCUGGUGGGAAUUCUGUGCCCGACUCGUGUUGCAUAAACGUCACUGCAGGCUGUGGAGUUGGAGCCAUGACAGACUCCAACAAAGUGUACCAGCAGGGUUGUCAGAUUGCCCUGGAGACGAAGCUGAGACAGAAUAUCCAGUGGGUUAUUGUCGCAGCUCUUGUUAUUGCUUUCCUGCAGAUAAUGGGCAUUGUGUUUGCCUGCUUGUUGAUGAGAGGGAUCCGCAGCGGCUACGAGGUCAUGUGAUCCUGCUCACAUCGGAGUAGGACAAUGCUGUUCAGGUCAUCUUGCUUGGGAGCUUCAUUUAGACACUUUUAAUGUCCACGACUUGUAUCUGAUAUCAUUCACAGAACAAUAUAUUUUUCUUUGUUUCAGUAAUAAAAGCAACGCCAUAGGCUAAAAGUGUCACUACCUACAUAUAUAUUUAGGUAUGCAAAUUGAUGGGGGUAUGGAAAGAUCUCUGUCAGUCCACCUUUUGUCAAUGAUGUAUCUUCUGGUUGCAUCUCUGGAGUUCUUGCAUCUUUUACUUGGCUUCUUUGGUUUUGUAGACUUUAGAUCUAUUUUGAAGCUGGAUUUUUUGUUUGUGUGUCAUGCUGGUUCCCUGUUUCUGUUUUUAUUAAAGACCCUUUAAAUUCGA